AUGUCCAGCGACGCGCCGGCCCUGCCGCCGAACGCGGAGCGGCUCGCGAUGACGCCGCAGCUACACGCACUGCUGACCAUUAUUCGCGACAAGGAUACGCCGCGCUCUGACUUUAUCUUUUAUUCGGACCGCAUUAUCCGCCUGCUCGUCGAAGAGGGCCUCAACCACCUCCCGGUGCUCGAGCAGACGGUCAUGACCCCGACAGGGCUGCCGUACACCGGCGUCGCAUUCCAGGGCCGGAUCUGCGGCGUGUCGAUUUUGCGCGCGGGCGAGGCGAUGGAGAGCGGACUGCGCGAGUGCUGCCGCUCCGUGCGCAUCGGAAAGAUUUUAAUCCAGCGUGACGAGGAGACGGCCAAACCCAAACUGUUCUAUGCCAAGCUGCCAGAAGAUAUCGAACACCGCUGGGUGCUCCUGUUAGACCCCAUGCUCGCGACCGGCGGCUCGGCGAUCCAGGCGAUCAAGGUGCUGGUCGACCACGGCGUGCGGCCCGAUCGCAUCCUCUUUCUCAACAUGAUUGCGAGUCCAGAGGGACUCCAGUCGGUCUGGGACGCCUAUCCCCAGGUCCGCGUCAUUUCGGCUUGGGUCGACGCAAAACUGUCGGACCAGAGCUACAUCCUCCCUGGCCUCGGCGACUAUGGCGACCGCUACUACAGUGGAUAG